CUGUGCAGCUGCUGAAUGAGAAGAGUGGAGAAUCGCUAUAAGAACGUCCUGCUCUCACAUGCAGUAAGUACCAUUUGAUCAUGCUGCUUUAAGACUGAUAUGUACAUUUAAUUCAUAUGCUCAGUUGUUUUGUCACUGGGAGAAGUCUAAUAUUGGCCCAAUAAUAACUGAACUUCAUGCAAUAUCAUCAGUACUUCUCCAGAAUUGUCUCCACAUAGACUUGACAGAUUAAAGCAUGGACAUUUCAUCUAUGUCCUCUCGAUCCAACAACCUGAUCAACAGCUCCACUGCCAAAACCAGCAGGAAGUUCUCCUGCGAAAGGAAAGCAAAUUCCACCAAAUACUUGAACUGUGAUGACAAGCAAGGCUGUCAUAAGGAUGUCAGGAGGACUCAUAGUCAGUUAGAGAAGAGACGCAGGGACAAGAUGAACAGCUUCAUUGAUGAGAUGGCAUCAUUAGUACCCACAUGCAAAACUAAAUCAGGCAAAGUGGACAAACUCUCAGUCUUGCGGAUGGCGGUCCAGCACAUGAAGACAUUACAAGGUUCUGCUGCCAAUUGUUGCACAGAAUUUCAUCACAAACCUGCUUUCUUAUCAGAUGAGCAGCUCAAACACCUAAUACUGAGGGCAGCUGAUGGCUUCCUGUUUGUUGUUGACUGUGAAAGAGGAAAAAUACUGUUUGUUUCUGAAUCAGUACACAAGAUCCUACACUACAGUCAGAAUGAGCUGACUGGAAAAAGCCUCUUUGAUUACCUGCACCCUAAAGACAUCAGCAAAAUCAAGGAGCAGCUGUCCUCAGCAGAUACUGCACCACAAGAGACUGAUAUCAGUGAAAAAGGUGGUCUUUCACCGAAGGCAGACAUCAGCCCAGGGUCUUUCAGAUUUUCUUCGGGGGUGAGACGUUCAUUUUUCUGCAGGAUGAAGUGCAACAGAAAUGCAGAAGAUGAAACAUUUUCCUCAACAGAUCGUAGAAGAUUCUGCACCAUCCAUAGCACAGGUUACCUAAAAAACUGGCCCUCCACUGUGGUGGAUCUGGAUGAAAAUAACGAGCCGGACAAUGAUGGAUGUAACUUAAGCUGCCUGGUGGCUGUCGGUCGGUUACAUCCUCAAGCUGUUCUGCAGCCGCUGCAGAAUCCCAUCAAGAUCAAACCCUUGGAGUUUGUUUCACGUCAUGCUAUUGAUGGAAAUUUUGUCUUCGUUGAUCAAAGGGCUACUGCUGUCCUGGCUUAUCUUCCUCAGGAGCUGCUGGGAACGUCGCUCUAUGAAUACCUUCAUGAAGAUGAUAUUACUCAUUUAGCAGAAUGUCACAGGCAAGGUGUGCAUCAAACCAACAGCUAAAUAAUUACACAUAUCUUCAACUUGUGAGGAUGUUUUAAAGACAAGGAUUGCUGUCUAUGCGCACAGAUAAGUAUAUGGCAGUCUGCUCUGCUGAUAUUGCAGUACUUUGAUGCCAUUUCUGCAGUAAAAAAUGAAAAAUAAGUUUAAAAAAAAAAAAAAACGGUGCUGUAGCUCAUUUUAACUGUGGACAGUCCAUCCAUUAACUGCCCUUGUCCCCCUCUGCUGCUGUCGGCUGUAAGUGCUGCAGAUGAGAGAGAAGAUCGAUACAAACUGCUACAAGUUAAAAAUAAAAGACGGCUCAUUCAUCACUCUGAGAAGCUGCUGGUUCAGUUUUAUGAACCCUUGGACCAAAGAGGUGGAGUGCAUUGUCUCCACCAAUACUGUAGUCAGCCCUGUGAUAGACUGGUGACCUGUCCAGGGUGUCCCCUGCCUUCGCCUCAAGUCAGCUGGGAUAGACUCCAGCCUUUGAAAAAUAUCUCCUAAACCUAAAGAGACAUUGUCUGUUUACUGACACCUGGCGAAAGGAUAGACCUUCACUGUGAUCUCAGAGGGCCAGAGGGUGUUUGAGGAGAUGGUUUCAUCGAUGGUCCCUGCAGCUGUGAAAAACCUGUUGGUGGAAAAAGGCAAGAAUCUUUGCAGGGAGAAGGAAUGAGCCAGCGCAGCGCCAGACCAUUCAACAAUAUUGCAAGUCACAGAGCAUGUUUUUGAAGCACUGGAAGUUGCAGAAGAAGUUCUUCCUAAAGACUCCGGGUCAGGUUUUUGUAGUGACUGGGGUUAUUAAUUAUGUUGUCUGCAUGUCUGCUGUUCCUCGUUUAUCAACAUAAAUCAAAUGACAGAAGAUAGCUGCUAAUAGACCACCAGCAAGGAAGGAAGGCGAAGAUAUUCCAUCAAAAUGCAAAUGUUACCCCUCACUAUGACAUUCAUAUCAAGCAGAUUGUUUCUGCCAUUUAACCCCCUCCAAGUAUCUUGCUAUACCCCAAUUGUGUAAAUAACUGAACAAGGUAAUGUUUAUAAUGUUUUGUACAUUUGGAAGUUUUAAUGGACUGCUCCAAGACAUUUGGUAAAAAGAAAAAAUAUUUUGUCAUUUUAGGAAGAGGAUAAAAUGAUAAGCAGCCCCUCAACCUAAGAAAAAUAACCCUAUUUUCAAUGUGGGUCCUGUUUAUAUUUCUGACCUUCUACAACCACAUGCAUCAGUUUGCACUUUGAGGUCCAGAGGCAGAGCUUUCUGUCUGUUCCAGGAGCUAAAAACUAAAGUAGACAGACUAUUUAAGUCAGGACCCCGAGGCUCAGAAUGAGGUCGGCUGAGUCAGUGAUCACUUUUUACUGUCUUCUUUAAGUUUGCUGCUAUUGGAGACCAUUUCCUGACUUUAAGUGAAUUUUUCUUAAUUUCUAUCAAUAACAUAUUUUUCCUUUUCUAACACAGUAUUAGUUUAUAGAUCGACGUGUUGUUUUGAUUCAGGUUAGGGUUAGAAAACUACUUAAAAUUGUACUUAUUUUAAGUGAUCAGAUGAGUUGUUUAUUGCCAUUUCAUUGUCCAUAAUUUAUAUCUCCAUUGUGGUAAAUGCAAAGCAGCAUCAUACACAAGAAACUUUUUUAAAAAAAAUAACUCAUAUUUACUUCUUAUUUUAGCUUUGUAUCAGGCAAGAAGGGUUUCCAUUGUCAAGGAAAAUGUCACGAGGACGUUUGAGUGGCUUGAUCCAGUUCUGCAUAAUUUAAUAAAGGGCAGAUAUUUCAACAUGUAGCAGAACAGCAGUUAAAACAUUAAUGCUGUAUCGCUUUAUCUUCUAAAUCUGUACAAAAAAGUUAAUAUGUCUAUUCAAAAUACAUUACUAUUUGUCUACUUAGUCUUAUAAAGUUCUUAAGCGUUGUAUUUGUUUUUUUUUUUGUUUUUUUUAAAUAAUGGACUUGUCUGCCAAGUCCCUGUAUCAUUCCCGUUUAGCUCCCAUUAAAUUAACAGAUUUUACAAUAAUGCAUUAAUUAUACACAAAGUAUUUACUUUUGUCUUUAUUUCAUGAUUUUAUAUUUUAUUUUUAAACAACAAUUUCAAGCUUUGCACAAAAAGAUUCUGACCACAACAGCCUGUGCUCUGCUGAAUAUCUUGGCUGCGGGAGAAGCAUAACAUCACAUAUCAGAUCCAGCCAAUGACUACAUAUCCCAUUACAAGAUUCAAAGACAUCUGAGAGGAGUUCAACUGGAGAUCAUGACACUAAGUGGCGAUAACUGAUUUUCUCCAUUACCAGAAAGUCGUAUUUUCUCCGUAGCGAGUCUUGUGUUCUUCCCACCAAAGCACAUUUAGUAGUUAGGCCACCCAGGAGAUCAAAAUCAAUCAAAAUUAUCAGUGAAAUAAAACCUAUGAGAAAACAGUGACAACACAAGAGUGCUCAGCCAAACCCAUCAAAUUACAAUAACAUUGUAAAUAAUAAUGUUAAUACUAUGUGUUUUACAGAUUUUUUUUUU